AUGGUGGCCGGUGUGGCGGUUUACCCAGCGGGAUGGAGUGAGACCGCUGUGCAGGAGACUUGUGGGCCUUCAGCGGACCAAUACAAUUUAGGUCGAUGCCACAUACGCUGGGCAUACCUACUCGCCGUAAUAGGGUGCCUGGAUGGCAUAGUGCUGUCAGCCCUGGCCUUUAUCCUGGCGACACGGCACGUGCGACUGCAGCCAGACAGUGGUUACCCUCCGCCUUCGCUAUAUAAAGGUGAAGUAAACAAUGGCUACGUGACCGACGCGACAUCUGUCUCCGGCUCGAGAAAGUCGCUGGCCCUCCAACCAGUUCUGAUAAUGCAUCCACACGCUGCAAUGGACAUGGAUACGUACUCCCAUUAUUCAGGAAGAACUGCAAGAUCCAAACAUGGGAUUUAUGCGAAUACCAUGCAUAACUACCAGCUAUAA